AUGGACAACCGGGCUGUGUUUGUGGUCGACACCGGCUCGCGGCGGACCAAGGCCGGCUUGGCUACGGGCCAUGCACCGUCGGUCGACUUUCUCUCGACGGUGACGCCAGACGGAAGUGUGGUGGGUGACGAGGCGGCGGCGGUGCCGGACGCGGUCUGGCCUGUCCACCGUGGGAGUGUGCGGUCGUGGGAGCAGGUGGAGACGCUGUGGCGGUCAGCGUACGCCAAGGCUGAGGUCGAGUCGGCUGGCUCGGUCAUGCUUGUGGCUGAGCAGACGCUCAACACUAAGGCGGCACGCGAGCACACGGCACAGAUUAUGUUCGAGUCGCUCGACGUGCACGCCGGAUACAUCUGCGUUGCGGGCCAGCUCGCGCUGUUUGCGGCGGGCAAGACGUCCGGAGUGGUGGUCGAGUCUGGGGCCGGCGUCACCACGACCGUCCCGAUUUACGACGGCUUUCCGCGGCGUGAGGGCAUGCAGCGGAUCGAGCUUGCCGGCGAGGAUGCGACUGCGGCGGCGGAUGCGUGGUUGAAGCGCAACGCAGGAAGUAACUACAACGGAUCGCUUGACGUGGCGCGCGAGUUCAAGCACGCGGUGGCGGUUGUGGCGCCGAUGGGGCUCGACGUGUCGGCUGAGGGCGCCGGCGAAGAGGCCUCGUUUGAGCUUCCAGACGGGACAGCAGUGACAGUGCCGUACGUGGCGCGGGCUCUGAUUGGUUCAUCACUCUUUGACGGAACGUCGUCGAUGGGCUCUGUCCAGCACGCGGUGGCUGCCGGGAUCGAGACCGUCGAACCCCAGAUGCGUGACACACUGUACGCCACCAUUGUGAUGUCGGGCGGCAACGCACUCACGCCGGGCUCAUGCGAACGGUUGCAGGCUGAGGUCAAGCAGUGGGCGGGGCAGCGGACUGCAGUGGCGGUGUCCUCGCCGCCGGACCCUGUUAGCGCGGUGUGGCACGGCGGCGUGAUCGUGACCACCGUCGGUGUGUUUAAGAAGAUGUGCGUGACCAAGAUUGCGUACGCCGAGUGCGGGCCCAACAUCAUCCACCGUAAAUGCCUGUAGUGCGGGA